AAAAAACUCUGAUUAAUUGACCUUUCCUUCUUUCUCCAUCUUCUCCAUCUUCACUCUUCCACAAAUCACACUUUCUCCAAAAUCCCAGAUUCCAUCAUUCCUCCGUGGACUCGAUCCAAAAAACCAACUAAAAUCUCCCAAUCAGAUCUCGUGGUUUCCAACAACAAACAACACACCAAAUGAAGAUGGCGGCCAACGGCCGAUUCUUCACAAUCGGGAUCGUGGCGUCAUGGUACUCCUCGAACAUCGGAGUCCUCCUCCUCAACAAGUACUUACUGAGCAACUACGGGUUCAAGUACCCGAUCUUCCUCACCAUGUGCCACAUGACCGCCUGCUCCCUCCUCAGCUACGUCGCCAUCGCGUGGAUGAAGAUGGUCCCUAUGCAGACCAUCAGAUCCCGCGUCCAGUUCCUCAAGAUCGCCGCGCUGAGCUUGGUGUUCUGCGUGUCGGUGGUGUUCGGGAAUAUCUCGCUGAGGUUUCUGCCGGUUUCGUUUAACCAGGCGAUUGGCGCGACGACGCCGUUUUUCACGGCCGUGUUUGCGUAUUUGAUUACGUUGAAGAAGGAGGCGUGGUUGACUUAUGUGACGCUUUUGCCUGUUGUCACUGGUGUUGUUAUUGCUAGUGGGAGUGAACCAAGUUUCCACCUGUUUGGAUUCAUAAUGUGCGUUGCAGCCACAGCUGCUAGAGCCCUUAAAUCAGUUCUGCAAGGGAUUUUGCUAUCUUCAGAAGGGGAGAAGCUAAACUCCAUGAAUCUCCUCCUCUACAUGGCUCCCAUAGCUGUUGUAUUCCUUCUUCCUGCUACCCUUAUCAUGGAGAGAAACGUUGUUGGCAUUACAAUUGCACUCGCCAGAGACGAUUUUAGAAUCGUUUGGUAUCUGCUAUUCAAUUCUGCUCUCGCUUAUUUCGUGAACUUGACUAAUUUCUUAGUCACGAAACACACCAGCGCUCUGACUCUCCAGGUGCUAGGAAACGCCAAAGGAGCAGUAGCAGUGGUGGUUUCCAUCCUAAUAUUCAAGAAUCCUGUCUCAGUGACUGGAAUGUUGGGUUACUCGUUAACGGUCAUUGGAGUAAUCCUCUACAGUGAAGCCAAGAAACGAAGCAAAUGAAGUUAAAGAAACCUCUUAAUUUUUGUUUGUUAGGUCCUUUCAGGUAAAAAAACAAGGCAAAGUUUCUUUUGUUGUGAACAAAAACAUCUUUGGACCAGAGGCAAAGGAUGUGUAAAGCAGCAACACCAAAGGAUCGAGAGUAUCAUAAGCAAUAAGUGAUUUUGUUUCCUUUUUUGUUCUUUUUAUUUUUGUUUAUGGAUCUUCCACAGCUUUUGUCAUAGGUUGUUCUAAGAGUAACUUUGAUGUAGCUUCCUUUUUUGGGGUCAAUUCUUUACAUCUACUUUUGUGAUAUCAACAUUUACAACACUGAUUAAUUAAUGGAAACGUUUUUUUUUC